GCGAAGCAUUGGGAACGCAUUUGCUAGACACGAGAAAACUCAGUCGAAUAAGGUGAAGGGAUGGAGGAAGGCACUUGCAGAGGUUGCUGAUCUAGCAGGGAUGGUCUUUUCAAAUGAAGCUAAUGGGUACGAGUCAAAGUUUAUCACAAAAAUUGUUAAGGUGAUUGGUGAUAAGCUAAUUCGCACACCCUUGAGUGUUGAAUCCAACUUGAUUGGAAUCCAAUCUCGAGUCAAACACAUCAAUUUAUGGUUACAAGAUGGAUCAACUGAUGGUAUAGUUGUUGUGUAUGGGAUGUCUGGAAUAGGGAAGACAACCAUUGCUAAAUAUGUUUACAAUUCAAAUUUCACAAGUUUUGAAGGAAGCAGCUUUGUUGAAAAUAUCAGAGAAACGGCAAGUCAACCGAACGGGUUAGUUCAAAUACAAAUGCAACUUCUUUAUGAUAUUUUGAAGGGGAAAAAGGAGAAAGUACACAACGUUAGUGAAGGGAUAAGUAAGAUUGAAAAAGCCAUAAGCUCUAGAAGAGUUCUUCUUGUUCUUGAUGAUGUAGACCAUAUGGACCAAUUAAAUGCAGUACUACGAAUGAAAGAUCAGUUUUAUCCCUGGAAGCAAAAUAAUCAUAACAAGGUGUGAAAGGUUGCUAAAGGCACAUCAAAUUACUAAGGUCCACGAAGUUGAAACUUUGGAUUACUAUGAAUCAUUGGACCUCUUAAGCUGGCAUGCAUUUGGCCAGGAUCCCCGCAUGGAAUAUUCAAAAGAGCUAGUGCAACAGAGUGGAGGACUUCCAUUAGCUCUUCAAGUUUUGGGUUCUUCUCUGUUAGGUGAGAGUAUGGAUGUGUGGACAAGUGCAUUGGAGAAGUUAAAAGUUAUUCCUAAUGACGAAAUCAUGAAGAAACUGAGAAUAAGCUAUGACAGUUUACAAGAUGACCAUGACCGGAAAUUAUUCCUCCACAUUGCUUGUUUCCUAAAAGAAAGGGACAAAAACUACAUUGUUCGAAUACUAGAUGGAUGUGAUUUCUUUACAACUGUUGGCAUUCAAAAUCUCAUUGAUAGAUGCUUGGUGAAAAUUGAUAAAGACAACAAGGUGAACAUGCAUAACCUGAUUCGUGACAUGGGAAGAGAUAUAGUUCCUCUAGAAUCUGGGAAACGUAGUAGAUUAUGGUGGCAUAAGGAUUCUUUUUGAAGUAUUGAGAGAAAAGAAUGGUACACAAACAAUCCAAGGUCUUGUUCUGGACAUGCAUGGGAAUCCUGCACACAGUCCAAUAAACACAAAUGAGACAAUCUUUGAAACCAAUGCAUUUGAAAGGAUACACAAAUUACAACUACUCCAUCUUAGAUGUGUACCGCUGGAGGGAUGUUAUGCAAAUUUUCCUACAGGAUUAAGAUUGUUGUGUUGGCUUGAAUUUUCUUUGGAUUCUAUACCCAUUGAUUUUCCUCCGGAGUGUCUAAUUGUUCUUGAAAUGCAAUAUAGUAGCUUGAGAGAAGUCUGCAAAGGAACAAAAUUUCUUCCAUCAUUGAAGAUCCUUGAUGUGAGCCAUUCUCAUGGCCUUAGUCAAACCAUGGACUGCUCAUACUGCCCCAAUCUAGAGGAAUUGAUUCUUGUAGAUUGUGGAAGUCUGCUUGAUGUUCAUGAAUCCAUUGGAAAACCUAGAGAGACUGUGUACUUGAAUCUGGAGGAUUGCAAGAACCUUAGGAUGCUUCCAAAGAACAUGUGCAUGCUAAAAUCACUUGAGACUCUCAUUUUAUCUGGGUGCUCAAAUCUUGAUGAGAUGACGAAGAAGAUGGAAUCUUUAAAAAUGCUCGAAACAGAUGGAAUUCCAAGAAGUGAAUUAUGGCCUGGAAGAAGUUCAAGUAUCUUGACUUAUUUGCCAUGUUAUUUAGUAAAGUUAAGUCUUCGUAGCUGCAAUCUUUCUGAUGAUGCCUUUGCUACGGAUUUAAGUAAUCUAUCCACAAUACGAAGCCUAGACUUAGAUAGUAAUCCAAUUUGUAGCCUACCUGUUUUCAUCAAAGGUUUGACGAAGCUUGAGAUGCUCUCUUUUAAUUACUGUAGGAGGCUGGAAUCACUUGUGGGGUUGCCGAAAACUGAUGCCGUUUUUGUACUUGGUUGCACGUCAUUGAAAAAAGUAACAUAUCAAUCCUAUGGGUUGAGAGCGUUGACCCAUUCGGAUGAGAACCAAAACGUAAUUGAGGGCGAGUACUAUGACAACUUAGAACAAACUGGAAGAGUUGACGUGGAAAUGAGGAAACUUUUCAGUUUGCACAACUUGGAAAUGUGGAAACUUUUCAGUUCGCAAAACUUGGAAAUGAGAGAACUUUCCAGCUUGCAAAAUUUUAAACAAGUUGAUUGGGUUUGGAGUCCCGUUCAGGGACUUGAUCAACAUGGUAUAUAUAGCAUAUUUUUUGCGGGGAAUGUGAUUCCUGGCCGGUUCAGCUAUAAAAGUACAAAUUCCUCAAUAUGUUUUAUUGUGCCUUCUCUUUCAAGUCACAAAAUUCGGGGCUUAAAUAUUUUUGCUACCUAAGCAAACAAUGAUUGCGAUUGGGUUUAUUUGUCUAAUCCAUGUAUGAGUAUUGAAGUGAGCAACAAGAGCAAGGGUAUGAAAUGGAUAUAUGGCCCACGAUUCUACCGUCACCGUUUUGGAAGUGAGGGAGGAGAAGACAUGACAUGGUUGAGCCAUUGGAAAAAGGACAAUGAAACAAUAAUAUUAGAAUGUGGAGAUGAAAUGGUUGUUUCCGUAAUGAAGACGGAAUAUAAUGAGUUCUUUCGGGUAAAAGGAAUUUGGUGUGGAGCUUGUGCAAGAGCACCAAGACAAGAUGAGUACCCAACACAACACCACUGCAGAUCCUAAUGAUCCAUUUGUCAUCGGUGGAGAUUUGUCACCGCUAGAGAUGUAUCAGGAUUUUACUUCUUUUGCUGGUUCAGUGAAGCACAAAUGAAAAAUACUGAUUUUUGUAGGCCGAAAUGGUUGAAUACCCUCAUCAUGGACUCAGACAAAGAAGAAGAGCAACAGAACGAUCUUGAUCACAAAAUUGCAGCGGCGAGUGCCAGAGGCAAUAACUGCCAUGUGUUAGGAAGAGGGGGCUAGUCACUUCUCUGAAGAAUUGGUGACAGUAGAUACAAAGUUCGAAUUCAGAACUGAGCCAUGUUAACCGCUUGGGAUAUGAAAGACCCUUGCUAUUAGAUAUCAAGUUCAAAUGUCUUCAGCAUCAUCAAAUAUCGUGUACCCCAUGGCUUUAGCGUUGCGAAAUUUUUCUUCCCUGCCA